AUCACUGAUUUGGCUUCCAGCGUGCUGGCCAACCGCGGCGAUAUGUACAUCCUAGUAGAGUCCGUUAUGACUUACGAAUUUGAUUAUGUGCAGUACUGGGGCUCACACGAAGGCGUGGCACGUGGCUUGCCCACAAAAGUCUACGAGAAAGAUGUCACCGUGCCAACCGAAGUCAAAUGGGGUUUGAAAUAUGUCGAAAAACGAUCCGAAACGAAGUCGGUGCAUACAAAACUCUGGCCAGGCACAGCUUUAAAUGUUACCUUGAAGGGUAAUUAUGUGACGCUGGAAGCGCCCUACAGCGCCAAAUUGUAUGCUUUCUAUUAUGGCAUUGACGAUAGUGUGUCGCGCAAGAUCACAGCGGAGGUGCGCAAGAGCUACUUGAAAGACGUCAAACUUGAAUUCAGUCCCGUCUAUUGGAUUGAGAAUGGCACCUUUGUACCGACCACUACCACAACUUCAACCACAUCCACUUCCACCACUACGAAUCCCACUACAACCAGCCGCGAACCAGUGCCUAUGCAUGAACCACCAGUCGUGCAAUUGAAAAAUAUCGGCGAAACACAUUCGGGUCCCGAUUCGUUGGAGAAAUCGUUGCAGGACUCACCGCUCAGCAAUGAGAUACCCAGCGAUGUACCCGAGAAUUUGGCUGCCGAACAGCAAAAGACUUUACUGGCUGGCGUAACGGUAACAGGUAGUGGGCAACAACAAAUACAACAACAAAUAUAUGCGCUGCUCAUAGCGCUGUUUGCGGUGACGCUGUGCGAGCGUAUGGCGCUGCGACGCAUUUAGAUUGACUUGGUGACCGCGCGAAGGGAAUUAGCCGGCGUUUGGACGCAGAGUUGUUGAGGACUGGCGAAGUGUUGGGCAGCUUUCGGAGUGGGGUGUUGUAGGCUUAAGUGAUUCAAAUGGAAGUUUUGCAUAUGAUUUGCUAGCUGUUGCACCUGCAGCUGUCUAGUGCAGCGCUGUUUGUUUAUUUUUCUACUUUUUAUUAUUAUUAUUAUUUUUUUAACAAAGCUUAGUAGUCGAGUAUUGUAUUUGAAAGUUCACUUUUGAGUUUACGAGUUCGAAUUCGUUUUCUUUGUUAGCUACUGAUAAAUUUUGAGCUAAGAAAUGCAUAUUUUAAAAUCAAAAAAAAGGUAGGGAAAAAAGUGUGGGAAAAAUAAGAUACAAUAAGCAAAAAGCGAAGAGGAAUACAAUAAAAAUAUAAAAUUAAACAAAAAUGUAUUCUAAGUAAGAAAAUGCGAAAUAUCCCAAAUUUUGGACGCAGAAAUUAACACAAAAAGAUAAUAGGCAUUGUAAUGGGUAUAAACUGCAUUAAGCGUAGAGUUUAGCGUUUAGUGUUUAGUUGUUGUUGUACCUGUUUUAACCGUCUGCAAAUUGUUUAGCGCAAGCGAAGCAAAAUGUACGCCCGUAUUUGUAAAUGGGAGACAGAAAAGAAAAAAAAAUGUGAAAAAGAAAG